CCCGUGCGUUGAAAAAGCCCCCAGUGGCCCCUCUCCGGACUCAGAGCAAUUCAAGGAGCGCGCGAGGCUUGCAGUCCACCUCACUGCCCAUUUGACAACAGCUAAAAAAAAGGGAGCAUAAAGCCACACGUGAACGCCACGAGCUAGACGCACGGUCAACCGGGCAACCCGAAAGCAUACGCCUAUUUUCCCUGCAAGCGACUCAUCCAGUCAUCGCUUCGUUGAUCUUCUUUUUCUUUUUUCCACCCUUUACAUCUACGGUAAAUGGAUAUCACUGCCAAGAUGGAAAUCAGCGUCGGACAGCAACAGUUCAUGCCUCCCACUUGCUUCUUCGCAGCAGCCGCGCAGAGCAUCCAGCUCAGCCCGACUGACAGUCAGUGCAGCGGCAAGUCCGCCUCCAAGCAGAUGAAGAGACAUCGGUCGUCCUCCCCCGAACUUCUGCGGUGUAAAAGGAGGCUCAACUUCGCCGGCUUCGGCUACAGCCUUCCCCAGCAGCAGCCGCAUGCCGUGGCGCGACGGAAUGAGAGAGAGCGUAACCGGGUGAAGCUUGUCAACAACGGCUUCGCCACGCUGCGCGAACACGUCCCCAACGGCGCUGCCAACAAGAAGAUGAGCAAAGUGGAGACACUGCGCUCGGCUGUGGAGUACAUCCGCGCGCUGCAGCAGCUACUGGACGAGCACGACGCAGUCAGUGCAGCCUUCCAGUCAGGCGUACUCUCGCCCACCAUGUCCCAGAACUACGCCAAUGACAUGAACUCGAUGGCGGGAUCACCAGUCUCAUCCUACUCCUCAGACGAGGGCUCGUACGAUCCGUUAAGUCCCGAAGAACAAGAACUUCUGGACUUCACUAACUGGUUCUGAGCGCCCAUUGCAGGAUGAUGUUGCUGCUUCAUCUGCACUGCCAGCGUUCCAGAAGGGCCUCGUAGACCCCUAUGCUUUCUACGAACACAAAGCACUGCGUUUGCGCUCCGGACCAAUGUGUCCACAACCGGCAAUGGCCCCGAAUGACACCGACAGGUAUCGGGCCUCAACGCCUAGAGCCAAGGGGCUUCAAGAUACGACGAUCCGUCCUGCUGUCGGGCAAAACAAAGCGCCUACCGCGCCGGAACUCAUGCUUCUUGCGCAUUCGUCCUAAAAUGCCCUAAUUUAAAAUGACACUCCACAUACGGUGGCACAUACAAACACUAUUUAAAUGUUUUCAAACUAUGCUAAAUCCAAUCAAAGAACGUCCAACCCUCUUUGUAUAGAUGUUUCACUGACACACAAUUCUAAAAAUGCUUCCAACUUUUGCGGAUUUUAUUAUAUGAAAUUCUAUUUGUAUAAACGUUUGUUUUGGAGAUAUAUUAAGCUAUUUUUGUAUGUAAGAGAUUUAUAGAUGUUUUGUACACAUUCUUUUCAUAUGUAUAUAUUUUGACAAUAUAUUAAUUGCCUAAUGACCUCUCGCCUGUGUAGACUGUAAAAACAUCGCAGCUGACUCCCCUGUCAUGGUUUUUGAGGUUGUACGGAGUUUGACACUCCAAGUGAUAUUUUAGCACCAACGUGUCUUAUUUAAUAGGAAUUACAUGUUAUUGUAAUAUCUUGGAGUUCAUAAUGAUCAAAGGUUACGCUAUUGUCCACACGGAGCACAAUGGACUGUAUAUUGUGUAUUGAUGCAACCUGUCUUAUAUACCACCUUCACUUAAAGGGGUUGGUUUUUAAUAGACAAAAGAAAGAUGAAUAUGCCUUUAACAAUAUUUUCUACACUAGUCUCACAAUAAAGCAAUAUGAAAAUGA